AUGUCCCAGGAUACGGGGCUAUUCAGCAUCAGGCGCCCUCGAGAUACACUUGGGAGUGUUCAGAACUUCACUUCAAUACCACAACCUUCGUCGGCCUUAAAGCGCACUAGCUCGAUCGGCGCCUUCCAUGCGCAGAAUACCCGCGCAUCACUACUGAACUCAGCCAGCAGGCCACAACAGCCGAAUUUUAAACGUUCCUCGUCUGGAGGCGCUUUUGGCGCAGAUGCUGGUCUAUCUUCGGUCAGGCGCUCGGUUUCGAGCAAUAUCUUCCAUGGCGUUGGUGUGGGGCGGCCAAGCUUUGCGCCUGGGUCGAUGUCUUCCAGCGCUGCAUCGCAAAGCUUUCAAAGAAGAAGUAGUGUGUUUUCACGGCCAUCCAUGGGGCCGAUGGGCCACCAGUCUUUCUUCACUCAGGCUCCUCCACCAGCCGGUGUGCCCAAGGACCCGCGACCUCUCAGGGAUCGCUCCUUUCAAGCCCGUAUCGCGCAGGAGCUUUUGGAAUACCUCACACAAAACAAUUUUGAGCUCGAAAUGAAGCACCCCUUGAGUCAAAAUACAUUAAGAUCUCCAACCCAGAAAGAUUUCAAUUACGUCUUCCAGUGGCUGUAUCACCGGAUCGAUCCUGGGUAUAAAUUUCAAAAGGGUAUGGAUGCAGAAGUACCUCCGAUCUUGAAACAGCUGCGGUAUCCUUACGAAAGGGGCAUCACAAAAUCACAGAUCAUGGCGGUUGGGGGUCAAAACUGGCCGACUUUUCUUGGUAUGCUUCAUUGGAUUAUGCAGUUGGCAAAGUCCCUGGAAGGAUUUGCUUUAGGGGAGUACGACGAUGCCUGUGCAGAUGCUGGAGUAGACGUUUCUGGAGAUCGUAUCAUAUUCCGUUUCUUGACUGGUGCUUACCAUGAUUGGCUUCAGGGUGGUGAGGAUGAAGAUGAUGAAACAGCGGCGAAAAGGCUUGGUCCGCACAUUGAAGCCAUGGCUUACGAGUUUGAAAAGGGAAACGAGAAAUAUAUUCAGGAAAUGGAAGCUUUGGAAGCGGAGAAUAGGGCACUUCGCGAUCAACUUGAAGAAAUGCAGAAAAACGCUCCGGAUAUGGCGAAAUUGGACAAGCACUUUAGGAUUUUGGAGGAUGAUAAGAGGAAAUUCGAGGACUACAACCAGAACGUCCAGGGAAAGAUCGAGAAAUAUGACAACCGCAUCAGGUUCCUUGAUGACGAGAUCAAGAAGACCGAGGCGGAUCUUCAAGCGGCAGAAGAAGAGCGAACAGGUCUUCAAGCCAGCGUUGACAGCCAGGGAAUUACUAUCCAAGACAUCGACCGGAUGAAUUCAGAGCGAGAGCGGUUACAGAAAAGCCUUGAAGACACAAUGGUGCGACUCGAAGAAGCGCAUGCACGAGUCAUGGAGAAGGAAGCGGAAGCAAGCAGAAAACUGGAGGAUCUGGAACAGAUCGUCAAGACCUACAAUACACUUGGCUAUCAGAAUAGUUUGAUUCCUUCAUCCGCAGUAAAUGCCAAAGGCCAGGAUUACGAACUUCGGCUCAAUGUCAACGAGACCAAUUUCCCCGCAUCUCAAAUCGGUGGCACUCGGGGUGUGGUCUCUCCAGAGGGAGACCGCCUCCUAGCAGAGCCUUUUACUGGCUAUCACCCCGCAUAUCUGCUCAACCUCGAUCUACGCGGCGCGAUCCGUAGCAGCCUGCAGUCUCUGCGGAAAGAGAUCAAUGAGCGAAGAAAACGGGCCAUUGAUGAUGACCUAGAACGCCGUAACCUUCUGGACAACAUUAAGGAAGCGAUGGAUGAAAAGAGAAGCGAGGUUGAAGCUCUUGAACACAAGCGACGCGCUGCAGAGGAGGAAUUCGAACGUACCAAAGAGAUUACGGUGGCGCAGAAACUAGCCUCUGACGCGCAGAUUGAGAAGAUGGAAAAGGAAUUGGCCAAGAUGCGAGCCUCCUUAUCCGAAAGUGUUCAGUUAAUGGAACAGCGCGAGAUGAACACAAAUAUAGAAUACGAGCAGCUCACUCUCCGUGCUAAUACACUCCGGGAGGAGCUACACACCAGUGUCGAAAGCAUGUUGAAUGAUGUGAUUCGCUUCAAAGUACAUGUCCAGAAGGGCCUCGAGGAUUACGAGAAUUUUGUCGUCGACGAAGUGGAACAGGAACUGGGAGGUGAAGCACAACUCGCAGAGGAUAUUCCGAUGGAUGAAGAGUGA